AUGCCAGAGAAUGACCUCGACUACGAGGAGCUCACCAAAGAGCUAAUAAGUAAUUUUAACACACUCGCAGACGCAGUACAGCUUCUGAGUGACAGAAACACCAUUCUGCAGCACAAGCUUCAAUACGCACACACUGAAUAUCAAAUCCUUGCAGAUAAAUAUGCGCCGUCGGAUCCCAGUAUCGCUGAGACGUUAGCAAAGCUGCAGCUUCCGCCGUACCUUCAAGUGACCACCCCCGACAGAGCGGGAUUCGUACCUUUACCACUUCGGCGGCAAGGUCAUUCGAAGCAAGAAACUGCUGAGGCGAUACGCGACGGUAGGAGAGCCGUACAGCGGAUAAGAGCUCUGGGAACGAAAUCCACCGGAUCUACGAGUAUAUCCGGGACGAGCAGUAAUAUGAGACUCUCUGCACGUAGGACAUCACUUUCCACCGUUUUAGAGCAAGAUUUUACGGUGCCUGGCAAGAAAAGCUCACUCUUGUGUCCCUUUUCACGUCCUAUGCAACGUAUUCAUUCGCCAUCGACGAUGGGUUCUGGCCAACAACCCACAAUCUCCGACGGUAAAGACCCUACCCCACAUCAGUCCGCUGACCCAAUUUGUGCUGCGAUGUACGCAGAAACGAUGGCGUCCCCACCUCCUUCUGCAACAGACGCUGCUGCGAAAUGUCCUAUACGAUACUUAGACCAGCACUCCCCCGAAGAGGUAGCGGCUUAUUUUGAGACUCAUAAACACGAGAUUCCACGAAGUCAUGAAAUCUGCGUGAAGCGGUACCAGAGAAACGAGGAUGACAUAAAGAAACUCGAUGCAAAAUAUGGGAAUCUAGUCAGCAUGAUACAAGGCCUAGGUGAAAAGCAUCAGCCAAUGCUGCCUACGGACGCCGAAGACCAAGAUGACCUUGAAAGAACAUCCAACGAAAGAGUUGAGAAUUGGGCCAAUGCUGUCAGUGCUGAUGGUCUUGGACAGGAUGAUGACGCAGAGCUACAAAAUGAUGAGAAUGAUAGAGAGAGCCGUUUUGAUCGGCCCUUGAAAGAGGUCCGCGUUGGCGAAUCGCCCAGCAGGCCAUGGGGUAUCCAAGUCCCCAUAUUUGAGGCCCCCAUGGAUGAUGAAAGACCGAUCUCACCACCUCCAGCACCGGUAUCUUCAGAGCAUAUUCCAAAACCAGCAGGCAAGUGUCCAUUUGGCCAUGGACAGCAAGGGGUGAAGCAAGAGCUGGGAACUGAAGAUCUCGAUCUCGAUGCGGUUGCUGAGUACUCAAAGAUAGCUGAGAAACCGGCAGGAAGAUGUCCUGUCGGCCACGGUCAGGCACCUAGACUCGAAGAACCUAGAGUAAAGCAAGCCUCGCCGCCGCCUGCUGUCCAAAAUCCUACAUUUAUCCAACCCCCAAGUGGUUCUCAAACGGCUAACAACGGGUCUCAAGCGCCACAAAUGGUGUUUACUGGACCAGUUUUUAUAGGUUAUCCUAUGGAGCAGGCUUUGGCGUUCAUGCAGCAAUACAAGAAUAUGUAA